GUGCCCAGUCCGUGGGCCUGGCGCUCUUGGGGUGCUGUGGUCGCCUGUUCCGCCCCCGCCCCGUUCCGCAGCGCUACCGCGAGACGUCGGCGCUGGUCGCGGAGCCUGGGACCGUGUGCUGCCCGCUCGGCCGCCCGCCCCGGGGCGCAGUGAACGGCCGCGGUGGGGAGGUAACAGCUUCGUGCAGCUCUGUCUGGAAAGUGGCUCUGUCUUCCCGAACUGCGGGCUGUUAACGUGAUCCAGGAAUAUUUGCAGCCACUUGAAGUUUUUGGGGAUUUUAAUGAAGCUCUGAAUGAGGAAAAGAAAGUCUAAUAAAUGUACUAAUAAGGUUUUGUUUUUUCAGAUUUUGCCUGUGGCUCACACAAAAAUACAUCCUGAUCAGAAACUAGGUGAAAGUGUUCAGCAACAACUACUAGCAAAAAUUGCAGUCUACUUGAUGACCUUCUUAAUAGUCACAGUGGCAUGGGCAGCUCAUGUAAGGUUGUUUCAGGUGAUAGAGUUUAUAGAUGAUGUCCUUGCUCUUUUAAAUCUGGCUUGUAUGAUGAUCAUAACUUUCUUGCCAUACACAUUUUCCUUAAUGGCCUCCUUCCCAGAGGUACCUUUUGGCAUUUUCCUGUUCAGUAUCUGUGCUGUUGUCAUUGGCCUUAUACAGGCUGUGAUAGUAGCGUAUGGAUUCUAUCACCCACACUUACUGAAUCGACAGAUACGGGUGUCUGAAAAUCAGAAUUUCUAUAAACAACAUAUCUUAAAAAUUAUCCUAAGAGGACCGGUUUUAUGCCUUUUAGCAGCCAUCUUUUCUUUUUUCUUUAUUCCUUUGUCUUAUGUACUUCUUGGGCUCGUAAUCAUUUUUCCACAUCUCACUCGAUUUGUUACAUGGUGUAAAACCAAGAUUGUUGGUCAGAGAGAUGAAGAGGAGGAAUACCAUAGCUUAGAAACCUUUACUUUUUACCUCAGUGAGCCUCUGAGUAAGGAAAGGGUAGAAGCAUUCAGUGAUGGAGUCUAUGCUAUUGUAGCAACCCUGCUCAUUUUGGAUAUAUGUGAAGACAAUGUCCCUGAUCCCAGAGAAGUUGAGGAGAAGUUCCAUGGCAGCCUUCUUGAAGCUUUAAGUGAAUAUGGGCCAAACUAUCUUGCCUACUUUGGCUCAUUUGUAACAAUUGGUCUCUUGUGGUUUGUCCAUCACUCACUUUUCCUUUAUGUAAAAAAAGCUACACGAUUAAUGGGACUGCUUAACAUACUUUCAUUGUCUUUCAUUGGUGGGCUUCCACUAGCUUACCAGCUGACCAGUGAAUUUGCAGAGAAGUCUCACAAUGAAAUAGAAGCCAUUCAGAUCAGCUGUGUUAUCACUUUCUUUGCCAGCAUAUUCCAGUUUGCAAUAUGGACUACAGCCCUCCAUGAAAGGGAAACUUUGCAUUCUUUUGCUAGAUAUGGUGGCAAGGAGCAUGCCUUCAUGUUUGCCAAGUUGGCUCUCUACCCUUGUGUAAGCCUUGGGGCCUUCUUUCUAACAUGCUUGUUAAGUGAAUUUAGCACAGCAAUUUUCCAUGUUAUGCAGAUUGUAAUCCCAUUUGCUUUUCUUGCCUUGCGCAUUUUUGUUAGAAUUUCUUCACCUGUUAUAAAGUCCGUGCUGUCUCUCUCCAGAUGGAAUGCUGUAUUGUUAGAAGAAGAGGAGGCAUGUUUGUCUCCUACUGAAACACUGUCCUAAAUUUUCACAUAGUGCAUGUGAAGUUGUAACAUUAACUUCAGUUCUUCUAAGACAUUAUCUUAAUGUGUGGAUUAUAUUGAUCUAAACUAAAGCCUGCAUUGGCCAUAACUGGAGCAUAUUUAAGUUUUAGCUGAUCAUGCUUGAGACCCUGUCUCCAAAACCUGUAAUUGAAAAGAAUUUGUAAAUAGGGGGUACAAGGAAAAGCAUGUUCCCCUUCCUUUAGAGCUACCCUUUUAAAAAGCAUUGCUUGACAUAGAACUGUAGUGAUGAUCAAUUAAGAAAUACACAAACAGAUGCCCAGCGAAAUGCCCGUUUUUCUGACAUAUGGCAGUCAUUACAGCAGCCAAACACAGGUAUAGAAGCUGGCUGUGCUGCUGUAAGAUGGGGAGUGAGGCUUGGAAGAUAUGGAGACCUGGAUUUCUGGAUCGCCCGCCCGUCAUGGUAGAACAUUUAUGCAUACAGGUUGCUGGUCCCCCUCUUUUUUUUUUUUUCCCUAAUGUUACAACAUCUCUUCUGCAUAGUUACAAACUUGUGAUAGCAUUUUGAAAACUGCUUGUCAUUGAGGGGCUCUGAGCCCAAGUUUAGAUGGGAGUUGCAGUUGUGAUCUAUAUUCAGUCUUCCAGGCUACCUGAACACAAGUUCUUCAGGCGUAUCUGUUCUUCUAAAAAAGGGUGUAUUUAACAAAUUAGUAUUCAUGUGGUUAUGUACCCAAGGUUUGAACUAGCUUUGAUAUCUCCCAUGGAAGAGAUUCAAAGAGCUGUGGGACUAGAGGUAAAUUUUGUUUCAGUUCUGAAGCAACUGCUCAGCUGAAAUGGAAGGUUUGGAUUUCUCAGGCUUUCUGUGUCUGUUAUCAUGCCUGUUGAAAGGAACAUCCUUCUGUUACUCUGAAGGCACAAUUGUGAUAUUCAGAGAGAGUGUGAGACUUUCUUGCCAUAUGUAAGAAUUCCCCAUCAAGUAAGGGAGUUGAGUUUUUCCCUAAUUAGAGGCUAAGGGAUCCCACAGAUUUCUGAGUUUCGAUAUGACAGUAAAAGAAACCAACCCUGUAGAAAUUCCAGUCAAUGGUGUGCUGAAUUUUUAACAUUGUGUGCAGUUUGAUAAGCUUUACGCUUAUCAAACUUACCAAACAUUACCCUGCAGAUUGCUGUAUACAAGGAGUGGGCAAAGUCAUCUAGUCUUUGGCUCACCUGGCAGACUUCACAUUUCUUUUUGGCAGAGCCUUUAGUUUGAUUCUUGAACUGUCUUAGUGCCUGGUAACUUUAAUGCCAUAUUUAAAGGCAUUUGAGGGAUUUUGUUGUUCCUCCUAAAAAAAAAAAUUUAAAGUACUGUGGCAAAGUAUGCCUGGAGUAACUGUUAGUGAAAACAAAUUCAGAUACCUUAUUUCAGUUGUGAUCAGUCUUGAAAGCACUUGUGCUUUUAGUUUGAAGCACUGUUGUACCAAUAUGAAAUUGUAUUACAUACUUGUGAAAGAGUAUGUUCAGGUAUUCAAAGGGUUUUAUACCUUGUUGGGGUUAAAUGACUUGCAGUAGGAUUCUGCAUUAUGUUGUGUAUCACAGAAUUUUUCUGAUAUUUAAUGAAAGCACUUUUGGUUCUAUAUGGUUUUGUUUCUAAUGUGCAGCAGGCACAUAAUAAGCAGUGAAUAUGUGUAUUUGUAAUAAAU